AUUCAAAAUCAACAACAGUUGGCGUCUCAGCUUCAUCAUGAUGGUAUCUAGACUGCAAACUCGUUCUCUCUCGCUUUUCACUCUCACUCUCGCUCUCUCUUUCCAGUCAAUUUUCUGCGUUACCAACGAUUUCUUCUAUCAGACGUCUUCAAAACAGCCGCAUAUUGUUUUGAUACUAGCUGAUGAUUUGGGUUGGAACGAUGUGGGAUUUCAUGGCAGUGACGAAAUCUCUACUCCUAACAUAGACGCAUUGGCCUAUAAUGGAGUCAUUCUACAAAGGCACUACAGUAUGCCAACAUGCACCCCUUCUAGGGCCGCCUUACUGACUGGGCGAUACCCCAUUCGAUAUGGAAUGCAAGGGACUCCUAUACCUGCGGGGUCCAAACUUGGUAUUCCUCUCAAUGAGACGUUACUACCUCAGUACCUGAAGCGAUUAGGCUACAAAACAAGCCUAGUUGGGAAGUGGCACGUGGGUUGUUAUAGGGAAGACCUAUUGCCAAAUCACCGUGGAUUCGAUUCUUUCUUCGGAUACUACAAUGGAUAUAUCGGGUACUACGAUGGAAUGCAUGUUGAUGAGUCUACGAGUGCAUUCAAAGUUUGGCAUAGGAGGUCUGGACGCACGCAGGGGGAUUCACCAGCCUGGCAUGAAUUAGUGGGCAAUUACGCGACGCAUGUGCUGACGUCAGAGGCCACUGACGUCAUCGCUCGCCACAACCAAUCAGAGCCGCUGUUUCUGGAGGUAUCCCAUCUGGCUCCCCAUUCAGGAAACAGGGGAGCAAGGCUACAGGUGGCUAAUCUAGAACGGACCAAUCACGAGUUCGCUUACAUCCAGGAUAAUAGUCGCAGAUUGUAUGCAGGUAUGGUAAAAGAACUGGACAAUUCAGUUGGAGAUAUCAUAGUUGCCCUGGACAAAGCCAAGAUGCUGGAGGACUCGAUUAUUGUGUUCUUGUCGGACAACGGGGCUCCAACUGUUGAAACGGUAUGGUCAACUGCCAAUAGUGGUUCAAACUGGCCUCUUAGAGGGGAAAAGGCAUCACUACACGAAGGAGGUAUCCGAACCGUUGGAGCUAUUUGGAGUACUCGAAUCGCAAGAUCUUCUAAAAUUUAUAACGAAAAUUUUCAUCUGGUAGAUUGGCUCCCUACUUUAUAUGCGGCUGCAGGCCUAGGAAGAGUCGGACCUGAGACAAAAAUUGCAUUCUUUCCGUGCACUCUUGUUUUAACCGUUGAAGCGAACACAGCGCGCUCACACAUCAAUUCGUUUCGGGAGGUGGAUUACCAAAAUCAUCGUUUAAUGGAUUUCUUCAGCGUCUUCAUUAUGGGUGGAGAUGCAAACAACCUUACCGGUAUUGAUGGAAUCAAUCAUUGGGAAUCAAUAUCUGGUUUGGAACAAAGUCAAGAAUUGAUGAAACCCAAUCGAACGCUGCUUCUAAAUAUUGAUGAUAAAUUGGGAGAGUCAGCUCUGAUGUAUGGAAAAUGGAAGAUUAUGAAACACUCAGCUAACAUACUCUCCUUCGCAAACGCUUAUUUUGGAUAUGAGGGCACUGGACCAAAUAUACCACACUACAAUCUAACAUCAGUUUUAGAGAGCCAAGCCGGCAAAAUCCUCUCAAAACUUAACCCUGACGCGGGAACCAAAAUGGCCGACACUUUUCUCCAGCUCAGGACCCAAUCGACAAUUUCUUGUCCCAACUCCAACAGAACUAUCAAUCCAGACAACGAAUGCUACAAGUCUGAAUGUUUGUAUGACUUGGAAACCGAUCCCUGUGAGAAUGAAAAUGUGAUUGACAGAUUUCCCGAGCUGGGAAAAUCGAUGAAAAGUAUGUUGGAAAGUUUUGAACCUGACAUACGUCGCAGACCGCCGUAUGAUUUUGAUGAGGCGUCGCAUCCCAAGCAUUUUAAUAACUAUUGGGCUGUAUGGGUGGAUACAAAGAACUCAGAUAACGGCAGCACAAAUUUGAGUCAGAAUAUUUUGGUAGUUGUGUUGGGGGUUUUGUGUGUUUUGAGCUAUAGAUAGAAUAAUCUAUUUUAUAAGUAGGUCAAGAAUUUCCUAUAGAAUGUUAUUUAUAAUUCAUUCUAUGAGUUGGAAUCUGUUUCACCAUUACACUAUCAUUAUGAAUAUUAUUAUAGUAUGAAUAUUAUUAUAAUGAAUAUUAUUAUAGCUGAGCGUUAUAGUGUUUACGAGUUUGUGUUUCUUGAAUAGUUCCAAAUUUUCUCAAAUAACUC